GUGGUAAAGUUUUCUUCUUUGGCGUGCGCAUACACCUGGAACCCAAAUAAGAUCGCUAAACUUGCUUCCCGUUCAAUGGAAUAUUUCCACCGGAUUGUGAAAGAAGUGAACCAACAACGACACCGAAAGACAACGAGUUCGCUGUGCCUUUAAAGCUGCGUCCCGUUCUGUGGUAGGAAGUAGAGCCUCUGCCAGAAAAACAGCCCAGCAGAACCACAAAACGGCCCAACGAUGGGCGGGCAGAAGUUUCAGUAUGACGAAAGUGGUGGAACAUUUUUCUAUUUCAUACUCUCGUUUUUGGCACUGAUUCUGGUGCCGACCACGUUCUACUUCUGGCCGCGCAAGAAAAAGGAAGAUCCCACAACAAAGGAAGAGCAUUGUAAUUGUCAAGGAUGCGUUGCAAAACGAAUCACCAUGGAACAUUCCGACCCGUACAAAGGUCCCAAGGAGCUGCUGGUAAAGCUAUCGAUAGUGGCCGGUUGGUUGUUGCUUGCCUUCCUUACCUACAAGGUGUCCCAGUUCGACUAUGAAAUGUCCAACUUUGAUCCGUACGAAAUCUUGGGCGUACCGCUCGGAUCGUCGCAGAAGGAAAUCAAGAAGGCGUACCGAACCCUUUCCGUUAUCCUGCAUCCGGACAAGGAAACUGGUGACGAGAAAGCGUUCAUGAAGCUGACGAAAGCCUACCAAGCACUGACGGACGAUGAGGCACGCAAGAACUGGGAAAAGUAUGGCAAUCCCGAUGGUCCCGGUGCGACUUCGUUCGGUAUUGCGCUACCCUCAUGGAUCGUUGAGAAGGAAAAUUCCGUGUGGGUGCUUGGAUUAUAUGCGCUGGUGUUCAUGGUCGCACUGCCCAUCGUCGUCGGUACCUGGUGGUAUCGUUCGAUUCGUUACAGCGGCGAUAAGGUGCUGCUCGACACGACCAACAUGUACUGGUACUUUUUCCACAAAACACCGCACAUGGCAGUAAAGCGCGUCAUUAUGAUUCUGGCAGCAAGUUUCGAGUUUGAAAAACGGCACAACAAUCAGGUGAUUGAGCGGCCAUCGGAUAAUACGGAGGUUCCGGCGCUGAUUCGCGAGUUGCCUUAUCUGAAUGAGAAAUGCAAAGAAUUGCCCUUCGCUCGCAGCUACUCGUUGAAGGCACGCGCAAUUCUACAUGCACAUCUGUCCCGGAUCGCACUGAACGCGAACACGUUGGAAGUAGAUCGUCAGUUGAUCGUUCGCAAGUGUCCCUACCUGAUCCAGGAGAUGGUGAGCUGCGUCAGCCAUCUGAUCAUGUUGGCUUACGCGAGAAAGAUUCAGCGACUACCGUCGAUUGAAACGAUCGAAAACUGUAUGAAACUGUCACCGAUGGUCAUACAGGGUUUGCGCGAGUCGGAACACCCGCUGAUGCAACUACCGCACAUGUCGAAGGAACUUCGCGCACAUCUGGCCCGCAAAUUCAACACACGCAAUCUGCAGCAUUUGGCCCAGCUGAAGCCCGAACAGCGACGAACGGCCCUGCGCAGCUUAACCGAUGAACAGUACAGCAACGUAGUGAAGGUGCUCGGUCAUCUCCCUCUGAUCGAUUUCAAUAUGAAGUGCGAGGUAGUGGACGAUGAAAAUUCGAACGUGGUAACAGCCGGAGCAAUUGUGACGGUGACGGUUGAGCUGGUGCGACGCAGCAUGUCCGAGCUGUUCGGUGAUACGACCGCUAAGGAAAAGCAAGGCAUCACGGAAAGCAACGAAAACGGAGACAAUGGUGAUGGAGAUGCGGACGGAGAAUUGGAAGCGACCGACGAUCAGAAACAGGAGGUGAAGGCGAAAAAGCAGUCCGGCUGGCAGCCAAAAUCCUCCAAGGGCCACAAGAGUAAAGCUAAGGCCGGUGCGAAACCACACAAUCGGAAGCUGGCAGCUGCGGCGGCGGCGGCUGCUGCAGCCGCUAGUGCCGCUGCUGCUGCGGCAGCGGCAGCCGCAGCUCAGACUGCAUCCCAAUCUGCAACAACUACGAGUGAAAAGCCAAAGUCUGGCAAAAGCAGUGAAAAGAAAGCAGCAGGAGCUGACGAGGAAGAAGAUUCGGCGGUGGAGGGUGACAGUGGUGCGGAGAGCGACAAUGAUGCCAGCGAGGCAGCGGCAGAUGAUGAUGAUGAGUGGGAAAAGUUCCAGCAAAAGAUUAACAAACGGGAAAAAUUGGAAGGACGAUCGAAAGUAUCCCACCCGGUUCAUUGUCCAAUGUUUCCAGAGGAAAAGCAUGAAUACUGGUGGACGUACAUUUGCGACCGAAAGUCGCACACGCUCCUAACCGUGCCGUACCACGUGACGAACCUGAUCCAUCGCGAGGAAGUGCAGCUAAAGUUUACCGCACCGAAGUGGGCCGGCAUGUACGUGUUUACCGUGUGCCUACGAUCCGAUUCGUACAUCGGCAUGGAUCAGCAGCUCGAUCUGAAGCUCGACGUGAAGGAUCCGGCCGCCAUCCCGACCGAACAUCCGCAAUGGGACAUCAGCGAGUCGGAAUCGGACCACAACGAGAUGCAGGCGAAUGAUAGCGAAUUCACCACCGACUCAUCGGACGGCGAGGAUGAGGAAUCGCGAAAACGAGCGGACUAAGCGCGCGCGAUCGUGUUCCCCUCCUCUCCUAUUUUCCAGACAUCCCCCUACCCCAUUCCAUGGGGCGUAAAUGGGGUGGAAUGUUAGAUCGUUUAUCCCUCGUCUGGUACAAGGUGUCAGGGACACCGAGACGAACACAGGGACACACAGAGGAGACGUACAUACACAGAAUCCCCCCUUUAUAGACAGCAUUAACACAUACCCGCUCUCGAAAGAAAACGGAGUCCAGCUUUUGACAUUCAUCAAUUCGUUUGGCCGGGAUAUUAGUUAGGUGCCUCAUCUCUCCCCCUUUUCUACUUCCCCCGUUCUUUGUUUAAAGAGAAAUCCCUGUUCAUAUGACGGUUAUUGACACACAAAAAACGAUGCAUUAAACUUUCAACAGAAACUGUGUACUCUGCUACAGCUGCUGGAUAAUAUAGGAAUUGAACUGAAUCAACUCGAACAUGCACUGAACGGUGAAGGAUCAUUAAAUCGAGGAAAUGGACGAGUGAGAGGAUAAAAUAUUGAAAAAUGAGAAGGAAAAGAUUGUUUAUAUUUGUGUUCCUGUGGAAUAAUGGUACGGUGAAAGUAAGGCGGCACCCUUUGGGUAGUAUAAAAAAUGAAAAAAAAAAUAUACAAAACUGUGCU